CUCUCUUCUCGUCUUGUAUUCAGUUCUCAGGUGAGUGAGUCAUGGAAAAGUGUUUUUAUUCUUGACAUCAAUUAAUCUUUAUCUUUAUUAGUAUUUAUACAAAUUCUAUAUCUGUUUGAAUGUUUACACUUGAUUUUACAUUUUCUUCGUCUUCCCCAUCAUAUCAUCAACAUGGAUUUUAGUAACAACGACUUGUGUAAUAGUAAUUCUAGUGAGAAAGGUGAUUAUCAUGAGCGAUCAUCAUCUCCAAGUGAACGGGAAUCCGUCUCAUUACCUCCUCUCAAUGCAAUGGCUUUUACUAUUCCUUUAGAUGAGCCUAAAGUUAAAUGGAAAGGUAAAAGUUUCAGUAUCAAAGAUGCUAUAAGAAAAUUUGCCCCUCCGAAACCCGAUACCAUUGAGAAACAACGUCCAGUUAAAUUGAAAUCAAGUGAUACAGAAAAAAUUGUCUCCAAAUCAAAGGAUAAGAAAAAAGAUGACAAAGGAAAAUUACCAAAAGAACCUGAAGGUCAAGUUAGUGAUAGUGCUUCUUAUUUGAUUCAGAGAAUGUUAAAUGAUGAAUCUCAACAGUUGCAAUGUGAUGAUGAUCUGGACAAUGAGAACACCGAAGACAAUGAAAGAUCUGAGCUGAAAAGAUCGGACAGUAAACGGAAAACGCGAAACUCUGAUAGUAGUGGAAAAAGAUGUUCAUCGAUUAAUGGUUGUGCUGGUGAAAAAGAUUCUGGUGUUUGUGAUGAUAAAAGUGAAUCGGGAACUUACACUUUAGAUAAAAAUGAUCCUGUUGUUGAAGAAGCGAGAAAAAGGAUUGACCAAGUAUUUGGUGUUCCAAGUGAUUCAGAAGGACCUUUUCCGUCCCCGACAAGUUUGGACCAAGUAAAAUCGUCUUUAGCCUCAAUCACUGCUCUCAAAUCUAUUCUUUCAUCUUCGAAAACUGAUGUUAAUAUGUACAGCUCAUCAACGACAAUUAAUCGAUCAUUGAAUGAUCACCGACGUCAAUCAGACUCUAAACCUCCUCUAAUCAGUUCAAGUUAUUUAAAUUCGCGGACUCAUGCGAGUUGCCCUUCGAGUAAUCCUGGCAGUGAUAGUGAAUCAAACAGUUAUCCUAUUAAACCACAGCGAAAGCAAAAGUAUUUAUCCCAAGAUAAUGAUACCAAUACGAAAGAUGAGUGUUCCAUGUGGACUCGGAGAGAUUCAAUGGAUCGCAGUUCCAUCAGGAGCCGAACCAAUUCUUUCACCAAGAGAUGUUCAAAAUCUCCUUCAUCAUCUCCAUCACCUUCACCAAUAUCAAAAGCAACACCAUCAACAACAGUCCCAAUCUCACCUUUGAAAAGCUACACAACAGGAUCAUCAACUAAUCUUGUAAAUCAGAGACUCGGCCGAUCUCAUAGUAGCCCCAGAAAUGGUCCUGAUCUUGAUCUCGGUGAUUGUGAUGAUACAAGCAGCUUAAAAUCUGAAGCAUCGAAUGCAUCGACUACACCAAGUUCGGGCGGUGGAAAGGGUAAAAAUUGUGAUUCAAAUUCCAAUAAAGCUUCUUCCAUGCGUUUUAAUCGAGCUUUCGCCCUGAGAAGAGCUAAACUUGGUAUGGAUACUCUUGGUGUUCCACUUAAUCUUACAGCUGAACGACAAGCUCAUCAUUCCUCCAUCUUGGAAUCUCGAAGUAACCCAAGAUCUACUCCUAGUCCUACAUUCAAUCGUAGUGACGGAGGAAGAUUCAGUCUAAGAUUAUCGAAUAAUAAUAAUAAUAAAAGUUCUAACCGGAAGCCUCCAGCAGGUAAUCCUAACCAUUGGAGCCGUCAAUCAUCACCAGCACAACCUGGAACAGGAAGUAACACUCGGCAACCGGUGAUAAAUAAAUUACGAAAUUUGAGUACUUCCUCUGAUACGGAGAAUCGAUGUUCGUCUCCUGGCCAGUCUCCAUCCCGUUCGAUCCGAUCCAUUCCCAUACAGAAAAGUUCAUCUUUCCAUAAUCCAAAAGAUUCCAGUUCAUUGUCAUCAGUUUGUCGAGAUGUUUCAUCUUCGUCCAACAGUUUUCGAGGAAUGUCCCCCUUUGCGAUAUCUAAACGAUUCUUUUCAAAUAAUAACUCGAAUCAAAUGAAUUACAGUGGUACUAAAACUCGAGAGACAAACAGUAGCCUCAAUUUGAACAAUCAAAAUUCAAUUUCUAACAAUAAUCAUCACAGUUUACCUCCAAUUAACCAUAAUUAUGGUGAUAGAAGAAGCAGCAUGAGUGAGAGUUUGAAUGAUUCUAAAUUGUCACGAUUAACGGGAUCACCGACUCGCUCCAUCCAAGCCCCAACACCUUUAACAUCGGCAUCAGCUUAUAUCAAGCAAGCACCUUUGUCAACACCAACUCGAACCUAUUAUAAUGGAGAAAGUGGUAAAAACUCAUCACCAGGAAAAGAGUUGAGUGCCUUAGAUAAACUUGUAAUUUCAGCGAUCUUUCAAUUAUCUCAUAAACUGCGUUACAAUUUACGAGCAAUUUUAGACAACGAGAGACUUAAAUAUCCUCCUGGAAGUGAAACUCGUUUAAUGAUUGAAGAUUUACUUCCCCAAGUCGCUGUUCAAGAGAAACGAAUUCUCGAUAAUGGUGAAAUAAGUCGAGAUCUUUCGAGUAUCUUGAAGAAUUUGAAGAAAGUUGAACAAAGUUACGAACUGGUUACCUUGCUUCUCGCUAAUGGAAACACCAACUCACUCACCAAUUCAUUACCAGGAGGCGAUCAUGACUUUUAUGGAGAUAACAGCAUUUCUUGCACUGAUUUUCAAGAUGAAUAUUGAUAUUCCAACGGACAAUCAGAAUGAUCAUCACAAUCAAAAGCAACAAUAACAAAGAGUCUUCUCAUUUUCUGUAAUCAAUUGAACUGCUCUUUUCUCACCUUUCACCAUUUAUCAUGAAAAUCAUUCGCUGUGGUUCAUAUCAUCCGUUGUUGCAACUCAAUCCUGCCUUUUAUCAAAGUCUCGGCAAAUAUUAUCUUCUCCAUCAUCAUGGUGACUGUUAUUAGAGUAUUUCUAUUUUUUGAGAUGAAAAGAAAAAGGAGAAAACAAAUCAAAUGAAAGAAAAGCCUUUUUCUUCAUCCACCAGAACCUCAAUCAGAUUAUAUCCAAAGUGAACAACAAUCACCAUCAUCAGAAUAACAUUCAGCACAAAUUCAGUUCUUCACACUACCUUGACUCUCUAAUCAUGAUUUUAUUUUCCAGAUCUUAUACAUUAUAAUAUUAUUAUUAUCAUUUUAUCAAUCUUAUCAUCAUCAUUCUCAUUAAAAUUAUUAUUUUAAAGUUUA